AUGGCACGUUUCGAAGAAGGGCUUCAAGUCCUGGCGGAUAUGAGAAGCAAAGGGUAUAUAUUUGAUUCUCACGCGUACUGUACAGUCAUUAGUUGUUUACUUAAGGCAGGUAGGACGAAGGACGCUCAUCAGUGUCUGGAGAAUAUGAUCAUGAAUGGCGUUAACCUUGACAUAGUGGCGUACAACACCCUUAUUAAUCUAUACUGCAAGAACAGGAAGCUAGAAUACGCCUACUUUUUGGUGGAAGAUGCCGAGAAAAGAGGGUUGGUUCACGACGUAUACACACAUACUAUCUUAAUCGAUGGCCUAUGCAAGACCGGAGAUAUAAAAGGGGCGGAACACCACUUGGAGUGCAUGAACAAGAUGGGUUUUGUACCGAAUUUGGUUGCUUUCAAUUGCUUUAUCAAUGGGUUGUGUAAAGCUGGCCAAAUCGACCAUGCAUUGCACGUGUUUAAAUGGAUGGAUGAGAAGGAUUGUUUUACCUAUUCAUCAAUGGUGCACGGUCUUUGUAGGACCGGGAGAUUUCGCGAAGCAUCUAAGCUAUUGCUUUCGUGUAUUAGAGGUGGUAUGAAAAUUCUGAAGUCGGAUAAAGAAGCAGUCAUCAAUGGCACGGCGGCGGAAAGUGAAUUUUCGGCGGCGGCGGCGGCGGCGGCGGAAAUCAUAUCGAGAUUCCAGGCAUACCUCAGAAUCGACACCGCCCAACCCGAGCCAAGGUACGGAGAAGCGGCGGAUUUCAUAAUCUCUCAGGCGAAAUCCCUAUCCCUGGAAACUCAGAUUGUAGAAUUCGUGAAGGGGAAGCCUGUGGUUAUCCUCAAGUGGCCUGGCAAGGAUUCCUCCCUCCCAACUAUCCUCCUCAAUUCCCACACCGACGUCGUCCCUUCCGAGCCUCACAAGUGGUCGCACCCGCCUUUUGGCGCCCAAAUCGAUCGCGCCACCGGUAACAUCUACGCCAGGGGCUCCCAGGACAUGAAAUGCGUCGGCCUCCAGUACUUGGAAGCGAUUCGCAGCCUCAAGGCUUCUGGAUUCCAGCCUAUCCGCACCGUCUACCUCUCCUUCGUCCCCGAUGAGGAAAUCGGUGGCCANAGGAAAUCGGUGGCCACGACGGCGCUGAGAGCUUUGCACAUUAUGAUAUCUUUUCGAAGAUGA